AUCAAACAUGGCGGAAUACUGGAAGUUCGAAGCGGACGUUUACACAAAUUUGAACUUUUCUUGUGUUUGGGUAUGAUUUUAUGGAAGACACAUAUUGUGACCCUCGAGACUGUAAAAUUAUUUUGUACAGUUGAAUAUAUUUUGAGAUCAGCGAGCGGGAAAAGUAAGAUUGCCGACCACACCUGCUGAUCAUUGAAAAAUAACAGUCGCCUGCAGUGGCACUGUCUUAGACAAAACUACUGUUGAAAUAUCAACAAUAAGGUCUAGUUCACAUUGACAAGAUGGAUUAUAGAAAAGACAGAGAGAAGCGGAGUAGCUUUUUUGAUAUGGGUAAAACGGCAGCAAUGCUGGAGAAGUUCAAUCCUUAUCGCAAUAAGGAGAAGAAAGAGAAAUCCAAGGGUGCCACAUACAAACCUCCAAAUGUUGGAGAACUAGGGGCUGACAAUGGCGACUUGCUGUACAUGCAGCAAAUGAUCAACAGUCUCACCGACGAUGAGGUCAAUGAAAAGUUUGAGCAGAUGCUGGAUGACAUGAACUUGACAGAGGAGAAGAAAGCUCCACUAAGACAAAAGAAAACAGAUGAAAAAAGAAAACUCUUGGUGAUGCAGUCAAAGGGGACUGUUCAGCCAAAGGGCGGCAAGAUCGACAGUCCCCAGGACUUUGUGAGGGAACUGAAUGAGCCUAGUCUGAGAGGAGACAAGAGAUUAAGGUUACUGGAGUCUCUCAGAGUGUCCUUAACCAGUAACCCUGUCAGUUGGGUGAUGGAGUUUGGACCAAGUGGUCUCAAUGCCAUACUGAAAAACCUAAUAUACUGUUGUGAUAAUCGAAAUGAAAGGAGGAGUACACAUGAGUGUGUUCGGUGCUUGAAGGCUUUUAUGAACAAUAAGUUUGGUUUGAAAAACAUUCUACAUCACGAUGAAGCGCUUACCAUUUUAUCUCGAACUGUGGACCCAGCCGACCAGGCCACCAUGUUGGAAGCAGUACGUCUGCUGGCUGCCGUCUGCUUGGUGCCCCCUGAUGGUCAUGAGAAAGUUCUAGAAGCCAUUACUAUGUGUGGAGAGAUAAGAAACCAAGACAGAUUUACUCCCAUCAUAGAUGGUCUAGGAAUAGAAAAGAAUAUACCAAUGAAGGUUGCCUGUAUGCAGUUAGUGAAUGCCAUAGUUACCACGCCGGAUGACCUGGACUUCCGAAUACACUUGAGAAAUGAAUUUAUGAGGACGGGACUUGUGGAUCUAUUAGAGGGUUUAGAAAAUGAUGAUAGUGAAGAGGUGAAAGUUCAAGUUGGUGUCUUCUCAGAACAUAAAGAUGAAGAUUAUGAUGACUUCUUCCAUCGCUAUGACAACAUUAGGGCAGAGUUAGAUGACCCUGGAGAGUGCUUUCAACUAAUAAUCAGCAAUGUAGCCGGGACAUCAACAGAACCCUAUUUCCUGUCUAUCUUGCAGCAUUUGUUAUUUAUUAGAGAUGAUUAUGUAGUAAGGCCCCAGUACUAUAAACUGAUAGAAGAAUGUGUUACCCAAAUAGUUCUGCACAAAAGUGGAAUGGAUCCCGACUUUAGGCAGACCAAAAGAUUUGAAAUAGAUGUAGAACCACUCAUAGGUCAGUUAACUGAGAGAUCCAAAUUUGAAGACAGCCUUGGUGGGAAGGAGUUAUCUGGUAAAUUGGAGGAGGCUCUAACUGCCAAACAGGAAUCCGAGGCAAAAGUGUCAGCUCUAGAAGAAAAGAUUAAGAAAUAUGAACAGGAACUUGCAGAUUUGAAAGAAAAGAUAUCCCAAGGAGUGAGUGCUGUUGUCAGUGGUGCCAUAGCUAAGCAAGCGGGGGUGGGAGGAGGUCCCCCUCCCCCUCCACCCCCUCCACCCCCACCAGGUGGAUUCAUUCCACCCCCGCCCCCACCCCCUCCAGGUGCAGGCAUUCCACCUCCUCCCCCACCUCCACCUCCUCCAGGUGGUGGACCUCCACCUCCGCCCCCGCCUCCACCGCCACCUGGUGGGGGACCACCCCCACCCCCUCCACCCCCAGGAAUGGGGCCACCCCCACCCCCUCCUUUAGGUGCUCUGAGACCUCCUGGUUUCACUGGCUCCCCCCUUGCUCCCUCCCCUCCACAGAAUGUACUGCCAUUUGGCAUGAAGGCCAAGAAGGGUUAUUCAGUAGACGCGCCACUUAAGAGAGCUAAUUGGAAUAAGAUUAAGCCAAAUCAGCUGGACAAAGAAUCUUUCUGGGUUAAAAUAAACGAGGAAGAGUUAGAAGAUGAAGACUUAUUUAAAACUCUCAAGGCAAAGUUUUCCACCAAACCAGCAGUGAAAAAGGAACCCACUGGGGAAGCUGCUGAGCAGAAGAAGAAGGGGAAAGAACUGAAGGUGCUGGAUGGCAAGGCAGGGCAAAAUCUAU